UGUGUUUAAUUUAACUUUGGAAUGGGGAGGAGUGUCAAAUCGUCGUCGGACAUUGUGGUUCCAGAAAUCCUAUUCAAUUCGAAUUUCCGUGUUUGGAGCCACUUUUUGCAGAGGAUUAAUUUGGAACGCGACAUUGUUCCAUUCCCCUCCCUGCACUAGCAGUAGCAGUAACAGUAGCAGAAUCGUCGUAUUUCUCUCGUUGAGUCCUCAUCGGAGAUGGUGAAGAAGCACUGCUGAUCCCUUUGCAGUGCUGUUGCUGGUGUUUGUUUGUGUGGGAGAGAGAGUGCUUCUCCUCCUCCUCCUGCUGCUAUUGCUGCUACAGAUUAUCUCUGGAGCAUUGGUGUCAGCAGGGCUCUGAACGCAUGUCAGGAGUGGGGAACUAAGUAAAGCGCAGGGAGGGGGGGGGGGGAAGGGGGGAAGGAACUCGAAGCACCUAGGGGGGAGAGGGGCUCACCAUAGCUCACCAGUGCAGACAAUGCCGUGCUAUACUCGUCCUUCUGUCAAUGCUCUGCGUGCCCUGUUUCUCUCCAGUGCCAUUGCUCUUUGCUCAUUGGUUCCGUCUCCGCAUCGGCUGGUGGUUGCUGGUGUGAUCGUUCACUUGGUGCCAGCUUUGCUGCGUCCUUGCCUCAGAAGCGGUACAUUGGAAACCAUUGCACCUGAAGUGGUUAGAAGGAGUUGGCAGGAGUGGGGAGUAACUUUGGUAUGGAAUGUUUGAUGUCGACAUUGCGGCUGGAGUGAUGGUUGUUGGUCUGCGGUGAUCAUCUUCAGGGGAUCAGUGCCGAGGGUGGAAGCGAGUUUUUGAAGGUUUCUGUGGUUUAAUUUGGUAUAUACAACCGCCCUGUGAAAAUUUGAUGAUCCACUGCAGUCUUUCCCCUUGACGAACCUUCAAGGGCAUCGACAAGCAGCUUCCCGUCACACUUGCAAAUGCACGGAACUCAAUAUAAGGGCCACUGCGACAUUGGAUUGAUAUAUUCUGCAAGGUUUCAUUGAACAUCUGGUUCCUAGAAUUGAAGGUUUCUUAGAGAAACUUGAGACGUUUGGUGCUGGUGUUGGUGGCGCUGGCUGAGCGGUCAAGGCAACAAUGGACAAAGGCAGAUUCUCUUCACAUCCGCCGUCGGUCCCACUGGAGGGGGCGGUUCAUUUUAACGGGUCGUAAAUCUGAGUUCGAGGGCUGCUGCAAUUGCAGGCAACAUUGUCACCGCCGAUCAAGGUCGGAGCAUCAGACGUGCGAGAAUGCCUGGGAGGCUGUGGCACUUGCUCCUGGUCAUUCCGGCGCUUCUGAGCCUUUACCAAGCUGCAGUUUCAGCCACUCCGCAGGAAGCUGCUGUGCUGACGCAGUUGAAAGACAUCUGGAGCGUAGGAACCAAUAAAGUGAGUCGCUGGAAUGAAAGUGUGGAUCCUUGUGACGGGCCAUGGCCUGGCAUCACGUGUGCACUCAAAGAUGCUAUCACGUUUCCGAAAAAAUGUCGCAUUUCAAACACUUCUUGCAAAGUUAUAAGCUUGGAUUUGUCGAACAGUAAUCUCACUGGAAAGAUUCCUUUCAUCCUGGGAGGCUUAUCUAACUUGCUGUCUCUAGAUUUACACGGGAACCAACUUUUAGGAGAAGUUGCUACACAGCUUUUCGAUGGCUUUCCUGAUAUCCGUCACGUUGAUUGCUCUUACAAUUACUUCAAUGACACUAUUCCCAUCACUGAUCGUGCCGACAUAAAAAAUUCGAGCUGGGAACAUAACUGUUUCUUUGAGUAUGGGGGUUGUCGAUUGCUGCCGAACAUGCGUUCUUUGAGUGAGUGCCAGAACAUGACUGAACUUGAUCUUCGAACCUGCCCGUCCUGGGUUCAACAAAACCCUAUCGUCUUGUACAUUUUGGUGGGUGUAAUCCCCUUCAGUGUCAUCCUCUUCACCUUCCUCAUUGUAAUGUUUUGCUGCUGGCGGAGGCAAUCGAAGAAUCGAAUGAUCAAGAGCAAGAUUUCUUCGUCAAAGAUUCAGUCGGUCGAAUGCAGGGUGUUCACAUACCAAGAGCUGGAGGAGGCAACAAACAAAUUUCAUGACAACCGGCUACUUGGCUGCGGUGGCUCUGGAAGUGUUUACCAAGGCAGGUUCGCGAAUGGCUCAUGUAUGGUCGUCAAACAACUUGUGAAGGCCCGAGACUGUGGGGAUGCCGAAUUCUGGAAGGAGGUCCUAACUGUUGGGACUAUUCAGCAUCCGAAUGUGUUGCCCCUCCGUGGAUAUUGUAAAGAAUCCCGAGGUAGAGAGCGUCUACUAGUGUAUGAGUACAUGUCUAACGGUUCUGUCCUAGACGCUCUGCUCAGUAAUGACAUCUACCUAUUGCCUUGGAGUCGAAGGUACAGUAUCGCCCUGGGAACAGCUUGCGGGUUGGAGUAUCUUCAUGAGCACUGCACACCGCGCAUUAUCCACAAGGACUUGAAGCCCAGCAAUAUCCUUCUUGACAGAAAUUUCACUGCACGAGUUGGUGAUUUUGGUCUUGCUAAAAUUGGCCUCUUUGAGCAGACCCAUGUUGGAGCACAAAUGUUUGUAGACCCUGACUACACACUGACUGGGAAGCUGACUGAUAAAAGUGAUGUUUUCAGUUUUGGAAUGCUUCUCUUGGUUCUCAUCAAAGGUCGACAGGUUCUUGAGACACCCGGUAAAGCGCAACUUUUCUCCUGCAUACAAGUGCUUGCGAAAGCUGACGAUCCAUCAGAACUUGUGGAUCCACGGCUGAGAGGUGUCUUUGACAUGAAGCAAGUUAUCCUGUGUGCGCAAAUUGCGUUGCUUUGUACUAGAAUUCUCCCAGACCUACGGCCAACUAUGGGUGAAAUACGACGCAUUUUAGAUGGGACUGCGAGUAUUCCUUUGACAACAAGUAUGAUCAACAGUCCUAAUUCAUCCUCUCGUGGCAGCUUCGUCUCUGAAUGCCCAACUCCGUCAAUUGGUAGCUGCUAUGGACACCGUGCUGGAAGUUUCAUUUCGGACUGCUACAACAUGUCCACCAACAGUCGUCAUGGAGGUGCUGGCAGCAUCUAAUCAUCUAAUCAUCUAAUCGAACAGGACCAAGUCCCUUGAAGAUGGGUGGCUCCAUGAGAACAGUGCCCAUGCUGAGAAAAUUAUCCCGACGGGGAGUGAUUUAGACCCUCAAUAAUAAGGCUUAACAUCGGUCUGCUUCAGUGGUCAAGCUAGAGUUUAUGCAAGCCCUCUGUGCGUAAUAGAAAGAACGAAUUCGCACAUCCGUUGAUCGGCGUUUUGUGAUCUGCAAGCUGUUAUCUUCAUUUUACACUUCCAUUACAGGUGAUUUCUUCUGAUGCGUUGUCUUCAUGGCUUGCCUGUACCUGCCAAGGUCAACGUUGAGUGAAGAGUCUCGAAGCAUGUCAGGCUUGCACAAGAAUAUUGCCCUGGAUGUGUUCAAGUUCUUGAAAUUUUGCCAUGGACUGCGGUCCUUUGUAUAUUAUUCGUCGUUACUGAACCCUUACUUUGAGACUAUUGAGACGAACGCUGUUGAAUUGGAAAUGAACACUACCUUUCAGACAAAGAGUGAAGUCUGCACAUGGUUUUUUUGUGUCGUUUCAACGGUGGUGAAUAUGUUCUGCUCUUGUAAAUAAACAGAAAUUUAUUUUGUAA